AUGGUUCGUGAUCUGCUUCUCAACUCGUUCGCUGCGAUUGUUUCAGAAGGUAUCGAUUCUAGACGUUCGGUGGCACUGGAACGUACAUCCGCUCUCCUUCUUUCUGUGAUCCCAGAGAUAUCCGAUGCUACCACCUUGGGGAGGUCACCUUCGAGAUCGUUCAAAUCAGAAAAACUUCGUUUAUAG